AUCAUCGCAUACUGCGACGUUCUUCCGCUAUUUCCCUCCACUCGUCCUCUCUUUUCUGGAAAUUGCAGCGUGACCGACGUUUCGUGUCUUUCGCAGACUUAAAAAUGCGUUACGUGGCCGCUUACCUGUUGGCUGUUCUGGGGGGCAACAACAACCCAUCCGCCAAAGACAUCAAGAACAUCCUGGGGAGUGUUGGAAUCGAGGCUGAUGAUGAGCGUCUUAACAAGGUCAUCAGUGAACUGAAUGGCAAAGACAUCAAUGAAGUCAUGAAUGCCGGUCUCUCUAAGUUGGCCUCCGUUCCAGCGGGUGGUGCAGUGGCGGUCUCUGCCGCUGCCACUGGUGGAGGUGGGGCCGCUCCUGCUGGGGAAGCACCUGCAGCGGAAGAGAAAAAGGAAGAGAAGAAGGAAGAAUCUGAGGAGUCUGAUGAAGACAUGGGCUUUGGCCUGUUUGAUUAAUCUUGCUUCUGUACCUGUAAAAAUACAAUAACAAAGGAAAAGGUUUGUGUUUAAA